GGAAAUGCUUUCCCUUGGCAGAAUACUGGCAAUCUCAGGACUCAGAAACCUCCCUAGCGUCCUCAGAGACAGGUGGAGUGACCAGUGAAUUAUCAGGGUCUUGAGAAAAGUUUUGAGCCGGUGGCUCGGACCCCCAGGUUGGGAGGAGUAAAGCCACCUUCCCAGCUCGGAGCCGGGGGCUGGGGGGCAGGGGCUUAGGACAUCCGCCUUGGGCUUUUGGCAAACCUAGCGCUGCCGGGGUCCUGGAUAAUAACAGGAUUCCCCGGAGGGUGCCUGCUGUGAGCCCCGGGCUUUAAUUCCCCCACCCGGGAUGGGUGGGAGGGCCGCGGGCCGAGACGCGGAUCGGCCCGCCCGGCACGGAGGCGCCCAUCCAGGCGGACGGCGGCGCGCUGCCCAGGCACAAAGUUUGCAUCUGCCCCGCAAACCCUCAGAGGUGCGGGCGGCUCUGCAUUUCCGAGCCCUGUAAACAGAAAACUCUCCCGGGCCGGAGCCGGCCGCGAAGAAGGAACCGGGCUUUACAAAAUCCUGGGACGUUCAGGUCUGCUGGGUUUCACCGGUUGGGGGGGCGGCGAGCCACGCAGCCCGGGGCGGGGCGGGGCGGCGGGCGGAGGCGGCCCCGGGCGCCCGCCGGCCCCCGGUUGCUACAACAGACCCCGCACACCGCGGCCGAGUCGCCACCGCGGGCUGCAGCUGGACAGGGCCAGGUGGGGAGGGGUCGACCGGCCUCCGUGGGGCGGGAGGAGACCCCGGACGAGGGGCGCACGUGAGUCCCGGGCCUCGCGCGUCCUUUGGCGCCAAGGGGACCCCUCCCCCACCCUCGCUGGCCCCGACCGCUCGCGGCCGGCCCGGGGAAGGGCUGUCCGGCCGCCCCUGCCCGGAGCCCCCAGCCCGGCUGCCGCGCGGGGCGGGGCCGCAGCGUCCCCCCGCCCCCCCACCACCCGGACACCUGAGCGGCGGCGGCGGCGGCUCCCGCGCUCCGGCCAGCUUGGGCUCGGCGUAGCUCCGGAGCCCGCGGCCGAGCCCGGAGAGCGCAGACUCCCGCCCUUCCCUGGGGGCUCCGACCCGCCCGGACUCCCGGAGCCGCGCCCCGAGCCAGCUCUGGACAUAUCUCCUGUCUCCUUGCCUUGACCCAUCAGAGCGUGGUCGGUUCUGGUUCCGAGAAGCCUUCCUGCGGGGCCCAGUCUGCCAGCGCCUCUGAAACGCACAGCCAUGCCACGCAGCCCCACGUCCAGCGAGGAUGAGAUGGCCCAGAGCUACUCAGACUCCUCGGAGGAGUCGGACUCGGACAGUUCCAAGGAGGAGACCAUCUACGACACCAUCCGGGCCACGGCCCAGAAGCCGGGCGGCGCCAGGGCGGAGGAGGGCCAGGCCCACGCGCUGGUGCUGCGCAUCAUCAUCGAGGACCUGCAGCAGACGAAGUGCAUUCGAUUCGACCCGGAUGCAACGGUGUGGGUUGCAAAGCAGCGGGUUCUGUGCUCGCUGAGCCAGAGCCUGAAGGACGUCCUGAACUACGGGCUGUUCCAGCCGGCCAGCAACGGGCGCGAUGGCAAGUUCCUGGACGAGGAGCGACUGCUGCGCGAGUACCCGCAGCCCGUGGGCAAGGGCAUCCCGUCCCUGGAGUUUCGCUACAAGAAGCGGUUGUAUAGACAGACCAACCUGGACGAGAAGCAGCUGGCCAAGCUGCACACGAAGACCAAUUUGAAAAAAUGCAUGGAUCACAUCCAGCAUCGGUCAGUGGAGAAGAUCGUCAAAAUGCUGGACCGAGGCCUGGAUCCGAAUUUCCACGACCUGGAGACCGGAGAGACUCCUCUGACCUUGGCCGCUCAGCUGGACGACCCCGUGGAGAUGAUCAAGGCCCUCCGGAACGGCGGGGCCCACCUAGACUUCCGCGCCAAGGAUGGGAUGACAGCCUUGCACAAAGCCGCCCGCACCAGGAACCUGCUGGCCCUGAAGACCCUCCUGGAGCUCGGCGCAUCCCCGGAUUAUAAGGACAGCCACGGCCUGACCCCGCUGUAUCACACGGCGGUGGUCGGGGGCGACCCCUGCUGCUGCGAGCUGCUGCUCCACGAGCACGCGGCCGUGAGCUGCAAAGACGAGAACGGCUGGCACGAAAUCCACCAGGCCUGCAGGUACGGCCACGUGCAGCAUCUGGAGCACCUGCUCUUCUACGGGGCCGACAUGGGGGCCCAGAACGCCUCGGGGAACACCGCCCUGCACAUCUGCGCCCUCUACAACCAGGACAGCUGUGCUCGCGUGCUUCUGUUUCGAGGUGGAGAUAAGGAACUGAAGAACUACAACAGCCAGACCCCGUUCCAGGUGGCGAUCAUCGCCGGCAACUUCGAGCUGGCCGAGUACAUCAAGAACCACAAGGAGACCGACAUUGUACCCCUCGUGCCAACCAGGAGGACUGUCCCUGCGGCUCCUCCUCUGUCCCGUCGCCCUGCCGGCGGCUGGGCCCAGUCUUGCAUCUUGGAAGAGCCCUCUGGCCUGUUCCCUCCGGCCCCGGGCUUACACCGGACGUGCAGCGGGGAGCAGGCCCACUGGACCAGCAGCGUGCCCUUCCGAGAGGCCCCGGCGUACUCCAACCGCAGGCGGCGGCCCCCCAGCACGCUGGCCGCCCCGCGGCUCCUACUGCGCUCCAACAGCGACAACAACCUCAACGCCGGUGCGCCCGACUGGGCUGUCCGCGCGGCCACCUCCCACCUCAGCCUCUCGCCCCAGCUGCUGCAGCAGACGCCCGGCAAGGCCGACGGGGCCGCCAAGACCCUCGGGAGCUACACCCCCGGGCCCCGCAGCCGGUCGCCCUCACUCAACAGGCUGGGCGGAGCCGGCGAGGAUGCCAAGAGGCCCCAGCAGCCCUGGCACGUCGGCCCAGCUUUCCCGCCAGGAGCCAACAAGGACGUGCUGUCCGCCUUUGAGUACCCGGGGCCCAGACGGAAGCUGUACAGCGCGGUGCCUGGGAGGCUCUUCGUCGUCGUCAAGCCAUACCAACCCCAGGUCGAUGGCGAGAUCCCCCUGCACCGUGGCGACAGAGUCAAAGUUCUGAGCAUCGGCGAAGGCGGCUUCUGGGAAGGCAGCGCCCGUGGCCACAUCGGAUGGUUCCCCGCAGAGUGUGUGGAGGAGGUCCACUGCAAGCCCCGGGACAGCCAGGCAGAAACUCGUGCAGACCGCAGCAAGAAACUCUUCCGGCACUACACAGUUGGCUCCUACGACAGCUUUGAUGCCUCCAGCGACUGCGUUAUCGAGGAGAAGACCGUGGUCCUGCAGAAGAAAGACAAUGAGGGCUUCGGAUUCGUGCUCCGAGGGGCGAAAGCGGAUACGCCCAUCGAAGAAUUCACACCCACGCCGGCGUUCCCGGCCCUGCAGUACCUGGAGUCUGUGGAUGAAGGCGGGGUGGCAUGGCAAGCCGGACUGAGGACCGGGGACUUCUUGAUUGAGGUGAACAACGAGAACGUCGUCAAGGUUGGCCACCGGCAGGUCGUGACCAUGAUCCGCCAGGGAGGGAAUCACCUGGUCCUCAAGGUGGUCACGGUGACCAGGAGUCUGGACCCGGAUGACACCGCCCGGAAGAAAGCUCCUCCGCCUCCAAAGCGAGCUCCAACCACGGCCCUCACCCUGCGCUCCAAGUCCAUGACCUCGGAGCUGGAGGAGCUCGCCUCCGUCCGGAAGAAGAAGGAUAAACCCGAGGAGAUCGUCCCAGCCUCCAAGCCAUCCCGGGCUGCCGAGAGCGUGGCGCUGGAGUCCAGGGUGGCCACCAUCAAGCAGCGGCCCACCAGCCGGUGCUUCCCCUCCGUCUCGGACAUGAACUCCGUGUACGAACGCCAGGGCAUUGCCGUGAUGACACCCACUGUCCCUGGGAGCCCGAAGGGCCCGUUCCUGGGCCUCCCUCGAGGUACAAUGCGAAGGCAGAAGUCAAUAGACAGCAGAAUCUUUCUAUCAGGGAUAACGGAGGAGGAGCGGCAGUUUCUGGCCCCGCCAAUGCUCAAGUUCACCAGAAGCCUGUCCAUGCCGGACACCUCCGAGGACAUCCCACCCCCACCGCAGUCAGUGCCCCCGUCUCCGCCGCCACCCUCCCCCACCGCCUACAACUGCCCCAAGUCCCCAACUCCACGAGUCUACGGGACAAUCAAGCCAGCGUUCAACCAGAACCCUGCCGCCAAGGUGUCCCCGGCCGCUCGCUCCGACACGGUGGCCACCAUGGUGCGGGAGAAGGGACUCUACCACAGGCGGGAGGUCGACCGCUACUCCCUGGACUCCGAGGACCUCUACAGUCGCGGCGCCGGCCCCCAGGCCAACUUCCGCGGCAAGAGGGGCCAGAUGCCCGAAAACCCGUACUCCGAGGUGGGGAAGAUCGCCAGCAAGGCCGUGUACGUGCCGGCCAAGCCCGCCCGGCGGAAGGGCAUGCUGGUGAAGCAGUCCAACGUGGAGGACAGCCCCGAGAAGACGUGCUCCAUCCCCAUCCCCACCAUCAUCGUCAAGGAGCCCUCCACCAGUAGCAGCGGCAAGAGCAGCCAGGGCAGCAGCGUGGAGACCGACCCGCAGGCCUCGGAGCAGCCCGGCCAGCUGCGGCCGGACGACAGCCUGACCGUCAGCAGCCCCUUCGCCGCCGCCAUCGCCGGGGCCGUCCGCGACCGCGAGAAGCGGCUGGAGGCCCGGAGGAACUCCCCGGCCUUCCUGUCCACGGACCUGGGGGACGAGGACGUGGGCCUCGGGCCGCCCGCCCCCCGGGCGCGACCCUCCAAGUUCCCCGAGGAGGGCGGCUCCGGCGAGGAGGACGGCGCGGAGCCGCUGUCGUUACCGGCGCCCCGGGAGCCCGAGAACCACUUUGUGGGUGCGGGCGAGGCCGGAGCUCAGGGUGAGGCUGGCAGGCUGCCGAACGCCCCGGGCCAAGCCAAGGCGCCGGAGGGCAGCCCCGCGGCGCCCCCCCGGAGCAUCAACGUUGCCGGCCCCGAGAACUACGUGCACCCACUCACCGGGCGGCUGCUGGACCCCAGCUCGCCGCUGGCCCUGGUGCUCUCGGCGAGGGACCGGGCCCUGAAGGAGUCCCAGCAGGGCCCCAAAGGGGAGGCCCCCAAGGCCGACCUCAACAAGCCUCUCUACAUCGACACCAAAAUGCGGCCCAGCGGGGAAGCGGGCUUCCCUCCGGUCGGCAGGCAGAGCGGGCGGGGGCCCCUGCGGAGGCAGGAGACGGAGAACAAGUAUGAGUCGGACCCGGGCAAGGAGCGCAGGGACGACAAGAAGGGCGUGCUCGUCAGCAUCGUGGACGCCUCCCAGCAGAAGUCCGCCGGGCUGCUGAUGGUCCACACGGUGGACGCGGCCAGGCCGGAGGACUUCCUGCAGGAAGAGGACGAGAAAGCCGACCUGGAAACGCAGCCAGACCAUCCGCCAUCCGAGGCGCCCGAAGGCGCCCCCGAAACCGAAGGUGCUUUCCCGACCCCCGCAGGCCCCGAGCCCGCAGCUGCCGCCGCCACUGCACCGGGCAGGACCAUCGUGGCGGCGGGCUCCGUGGAGGAGGCGGUGAUCCUGCCGUUCCGCAUCCCUCCCCCGCCUCUGGCAUCCGUGGACCUGGACGAGGAUUUUAUUUUCACAGAGCCAUUGCCUCCUCCCCUGGAAUUUGCCAAUAGUUUUGAUAUCCCCGAUGACCGGGUUGCUUCUGUCCCCGCUCUCUCAGACCUGGUUAAGCAGAAAAAAAACGACACCUCCCAGUCCCCUUCCUUGAACUCCAGCCAGCCAACCAACUCCGCAGACAGUAAGAAGCCGGCUGGUCUCUCAAACUGUCUGCCCGCCUCAUUCCUGCCGCCCCCCGAAAGCUUUGACGCCGUCACGGACUCUGGGAUCGAGGAGGUGGACAGCCGGGGCAGCAGCGACCACCACCUCGAGACGACCAGCACCAUCUCCACGGUGUCCAGCAUCUCCACCCUGUCCUCCGAGGGCGGGGAGAACGUGGACACCUGCACAGUCUAUGCAGACGGGCAAGCCUUUAUGGUUGACAAACCCCCAGUACCUCCCAAGCCAAAAAUGAAGCCCAUAAUCCACAAAGGCAACACCCUCUACCACGACGCGCUGCUGGAGGAGGACGUGGACAGCUUCGUGGUCCCCCCACCUGCACCUCCGCCGCCGCCUGGUGGGGCCCAGCCCGGCCCCACGAAGGUCAUCCAGCCAAGGACCUCCAGGCUGUGGGGGGACGUCUCCGAGGUCAAAAGCCCGAUUCUCUCAGGCCCAAAGGCGAACGUGAUUAGUGAGUUAAACUCAAUCCUGCAGCAAAUGAACCGAGAGAAAUCUGCAAAGCCGGGGGAAGGACUGGACCCGACGCCAGGAACCAAGCCCGCCGGCCUCGCCCCCAGAGGCCCCGAGGUCAUAAGCACCGUCUCAGGUACACGGAGCACGACGGUCACCUUCACCGUCCGCCCUGGGACCUCCCAGCCCAUCACCCUGCAGAGCCGGCCCCCGGACUACGAGAGCAGGAACUCAGGACCCAGACGCGCCCCCAGCCCUGUGGUCUCGCCAACAGAGCUGAACAAAGAGGUCCUGCCCACCCCGCUGCCUGCCGCCACUGCGGCCCCCUCACCCACCCUUUCGGAUGUCUUCAGCCUUCCGAGCCAGCCCCCGCCCGGGGACCUGUUUGGCUUGAACCCAGUGGGACGCAGCAGGUCGCCGUCCCCCUCCAUCCUGCAACAGCCAAUCUCCAAUAAGCCUUUUACAACUAAGCCUGUCCACCUGUGGACUAAACCCGACGUGGCAGACUGGCUGGAAAGUCUAAACCUGGGUGAACAUAAAGAGGCCUUCAUGGACAAUGAGAUCGACGGCAGCCACCUCCCAAACCUCCAGAAAGAAGACCUCAUAGAUCUGGGCGUGACUCGAGUCGGGCACAGAAUGAACAUAGAAAGGGCUCUCAAACAGCUGCUGGACAGAUAAGGGUGGCUGCUCCUCGCCGCCACAGACUCCUUGUUAUAAAUAGAGAUGGGCUU